UAGGGUUAGAUGUAGAGGGCCACCCUUGCAAAAAUUAUCAUCCGAAAUUUAAUAUGAAAUCAAGAAAUCUAACCUAGUUCUAUACAACCAUAUUACAAAAUUCACUUGCUUUCGAUUUCGUACCAAUAUAAUUAGCAUAAUCUCGUUCUCUCUUUGGAAAAAAAAAGUUAAAAAUACAGCUAGUCAAAAAAUUCAAAACACAAUCACUGUUGUAAAUGUUGUAAAUAGGCACCUGCAAAAUCACGCUGUACCCUGAAAAAAACUUCCGUUUGUCCAUUGUCAGGCGCCGAAAAAAAGAGAAGAGAGAAAAAAAAAAAGAAAAAUUAGAGAACUUUUGAAGUUUCUUGAAAAGGGGUGUUAAACAAAGGUUAAUGGAAAAAUGGGCUGAGCUGAGUGACAAUGAUGAUGGUGAUGGUGGUGGAGGUGGUGAAGGGGGAACUUCUCAGGGGAACAUUUGGUUCGAUUUUGAUCUCGAUUUCCCGAACGAAAAACACCAUAUCGAUCCGUGUAAAGAGAGGUUGAGGGGUUUGUUCGAUCAAUUGCUCGUUGCCUUUUUUAAUGAAAAAUCCGCGAGCAAUUGCGUUAGGCCUAUCCCGGCUUUUUGCAGGGACGGCCAGCCUGUCGACCUGCUUAAACUCUUUUGGGUGGUGAGGAAAAUCGGCGGGCAUGAAGAGGUGUCGAGAAAUAAUUUGUGGGGUUUCGUGUCGAAAGAAUGUGGAUUAGGUAUUGGGGUGGUUCAAAUUCAAUCCGUUAAGUUGAUUCACGAUAAGUAUUUGAACGAGCUGGAUCAAUGGCUACAGAGAGUUGUUAGCAAGGGAGAUGUGGAGAAUGAAGAUGGUGGAGUUGUUAAAAAAUUGGAUUUGUUGUCCCGUGAGUUGGAAGCUAGCUUUGGGAGUUUGUUGGAAAACGGGCAGAAAGAGGAAGGUACUAAGUUUUUUCAAGAUGUUAGUGAAAAAUUAUGCAGUGGUAAUGGUCGAUCUACUGAACAUGUCAUUCAUGAAUUACAAGACGUAAAAAUCGAUAUAGACAAAGGUAUUAUUAACGGUUUUGCUUCACCGGCUAAGAGGGUGGCAAAAAAGUGUGUAACAAAGAGGGUGGUAAAAAUAUCCUCAGAGAACACUGUGAAUGGAGGAGCAAAUGGCUUUUCUAAAGUACAAGAUGAUGAUUGCAGUGGGAAGUCUUACAAUGAAGAUGAAGCUAACGUUUUUAAUAAAGAUAUUAUUAACAAGGUUGUUAAUAGUGAAAGGACUGUUUCUAAUGUAACUAUUAAUGACGGCAGGUCAUCAGCCGAAAACAACAGUGAUGUUCGACUUUCUGCCAAGAAAGUUGUUGGCAGUGUUCUUAGUAAAGCACGUGAUCUUUCAGAGAAGAUUAUUGAUUAUAAAGAGAGGGUCAAAGUUGAACAGGACAUUGAUAAUGUGAUUCCAUCCAGAAGUGAUAAUGGGAAUCCGUUGAAUUUUCGGAAGAGGAAACGAGAGUCUCGGCCGUUUUUAGAAAUGCUACACUGGCUGACCCGUGUUGCGAAAAGUCCACAUGAUUCUCCAGUCGGGAAAGUUCCAGAAUGUUCCAAGUGUAUUGACUGUGGGAAUGAGGAGUUAAGGGUUCAAGCUGUGUCAGCUCGGGAAGCUUUGCUGAUAAGAAGGAAUGCUGAUACGAAUGCAGAUGAUAGUCUUGUAAAGGAUAAGCAAAAGGCAAAGAUGCAUCCUUCAAUGUACCAAGAUGACUUUAUCGAUCACCAAACCCCAUACAAAUUAAAAUCAAGCAAUAGGGCAUCUAAUUCGCCGAAAUCCCAUUUAUGCAGUUGCUGCAAUUCAAACACUGCUCGGAGUAAAACCAUCGAUCAACAGGAGGCAAACAAGGUAAGUAGUACCCCAAAAGCACCCGUGAAAUUAGUUCUCACAGAUGCGGAAAAACAAUCCGAAAUAUCAAAUGGUAAGAAUUCCUCUUCAGAAGUGACGGCUGAGAAGAAAGUUUCUGUGGGCCCUCUCCACCAAGCUGUAGUCCCAGAAUGGACUGGCGUAAUUUCAGAGAGCGACUCCAAGUGGCUCGGUACAAGAAUGUGGGCCCCAACAGAUUGUGAAAAAAAGUCUAUGCUUGAUAAGGUGGAUUCUAUUGGGAAAGGGAGGCCUCAUUCUUGCGAUUGCCUUUUUCCGAAUUCUGUCGAGUGCAUUAGGUUUCAUGUUGCUGAAGAAAGGCUUAAACUAAAACGUGAACUCGGUGUAAUAUUUUACCGGUGGCGAUUUGAUCGAAUGGGUGAAGAGGUUUCGCUUUCUUGGACAGAAGAUGAGGAGAAGAGAUUCAAGGACAUGAUGAGAUCGUAUGCUGCUUUCCCGAAUAAGUUUUGGAACAAUUCUUUUCGGUUCUUGCUUUGUAAAACGAGAGAAAAUUUGGUGAGUUAUUACUUCAAUGUUUUCCUUGUCAACAAGAGAAGCUACCAGAAUCGAGUAACACCGAAAGAUGUCGAUAGUGAUGAUGACGAAAAGGAGUUUGGGUCGGUGGGUGGUUCUUUUGGAUAUAAUGCACUUUAUGUGCCCGGUACGAGUUCAGUUUCAUGCACACUUAAUCAGGAGUCAUCAUACAAACUCGUGCAGUCAAAGUCAUAAGAUGUUGGGGUGGAUCAUCCAAAAACUUCCGUACUAAAGAAACAAUUUUGAAGUAGCCCGUGGAGUCAAUUUUUGGAGUGAAUUUCAAUUUGACUUGUAAAUACCCUUCCUAGCUAUGGCGGAAGCUCGAUUUACCAAGGUUUGGCUUUACUUUGACAUAUAGAGCCACUGUGGUUAGAUGUUUCAUAUCAAGUUAGACUUUGUACUCUCUCGACAUCACAGCUAAAUGCUAUUUCAAACUAUAGUGUUUUUCCUUUGUUCUGCUCAAUCUUGUUACUUGAUAUUGUUGUUUGUUGUUACUUUGUGGUAAAUGCUAGUGAUUGCAAUGUUGAGC